CACGUUUCCUUUUUGACGAGAAACAGCAGCAGCAGACGUCCAAUCUGACCUGAGCCAUGUCUGGACUGAACGCAUCACUCGGAUACUUUGUGACUCUGGUGAUUUUUGCAGCCUCAGUUCGAACAUUUCUUAAAAAAUGGCCCCAGUUAAGCUUUGUUCUGGAGUUUGCCUCCUCUUUCAUGCUGGUGGGCUGUUGGCUGGAGGUGCAGACCAUAGUAGAGGUGGGUCAGUGGGCUGGGGGCUUGGGUCCUGAUGUGACUGUGACCAUGCUGUUUGUGGUCCUGCUGACCCACGGUGUGGUCUGUGGUGGAGCAUCAGGGAAUCCUAACCUGGUUGUGCUGAGGUUCCUGCAGCUGGAGGCCUGCAUUCUUCCCACGCUGCUGUCGGUCAUGUCCCAGUUCCUCGGGGCCCAUCUAGCCCUCUUUAUUGCUGCGUACUACUGGAGCCUGGAGCUGACUGACAUGCACAUGAUCAAAAACCUGAUGGCUUCAUCUUGCAGCACUUCCCUGCUGGUCUCUUUGCUUCAGGGUUUUUUUACAGAGUGUGUUUGUGCCUGUAUCUUUCACCUCGUCCAACUAAACCUGCAACGCAGAUCUGCUCUGAUCCGGGUCCCUCUGAUCGCUGUCCUCCUCACAUUCCUGUCCCAAACAGCCAGCGGCUUCACCUCAGCUUAUAUAAAUCCAUCUUUGUCUUACGGCCUCACCUUCCACUGCCCUGGAUUUACCCUCACAGAGUACAUGGUGGUCUACUGGCUGGGCCCGCUCACGGGCAUGAUCCUGGCUCUGCUCUUGUACAUGGGUCAUAUUCCAAGGAUUUUUGCCAAGAACCUUCUCUAUUUCCAGAAGACUCGUUUCAGAGUGCCCAAAGGAGACAAAGGAGAGAAGAAGAAAAUGUGAAAGAAACUAC